AGCAAACAUACAUGAUAUUACUCWGCGUUGUUUGAAAUUGGAUUAUUUCUAUCGUAAAAUAUUCCUUGUUUUGAAGUCUUGAUGAUGCAAUUUGAAGUCUUCUUUGCAGUGGUAUUCCUUGCAUUUCUUUCUGGAGGUUCUGCCUUGACUUGCAAUCACUGUGGAAGCAGAGAACGAUGGUCCAUGUGCGAUAAUAACUUAUUUCAGAGAGAAUGUAAACCWUGGGAAGACCGAUGUUACAAGGCGUCUGUUGAUACAACAUACAAUGGACAAAAGAUAACACGGUUUGUUAAAGGCUGUACAACAGAGAAGCAGUGCUUUGAUCACUCCAUGGACGACUGCAGAACAGGAGAGAACAAAGCCGUCACUUUACCCUGUGAAGUUCAUUGCUGCGGUGGACAUAGAUGUAAUCCUGCUUCGAUACCUUGGGUCAGCGGAGUCGUUCUCGUGUCAUGCGCCUUACUGGCUGUCUUGUUCCAAUGAACAUCACUUCUUGGAGGUUAUGAAUCAAGUAUACCUUUCCGUMGGUUGAGCGGUUUCUUUCAUCAURUGCACAAAGUGUCCAUGUUUACUAGGAUGACAAACUACUUGUGCAGGUUUACCUGUGAUUCCUUGUUUGUAGGUCUAAAACUUACACAGCGUUUUUGAAUUGACUGUAAGURUCUAGAAGGYUUCCGGUCCUAAUGGACAAAGACGCGUGGUAAGCUAGUAAAAAGUCUGCAUAUACAUUUUGGUAUAAGAUUUUGAUUUUUAAUAGCGAAUCAAUUUCUUUGGAUUUUUGUACAAAGUAUCGCAUUAUACUGAAUUUCAUUUAUAAACUUUUAUAUAUGACAUAAUAAAAAAAGUCUCUUUUGGUUUUAA